GCCACUUGAGGCCCUUCUGUGACGUCGUGAGGAAGUUUGUGCCAAACGGAUCACUCUCAACACGAUAUCACGCUGCGUCUUUUCUUCUUCUCCGGUGCGACAACGCCAUGGAUCUUUAUUGACGCACAGCUACUGUCCUUCACCUGAAGCUAUCUUAGGCUAAUGGAUCAACCGAAAGACUCCGGCCUUUGUACCACAGAGGGUACAGAUUAUGAAACCUUACGGUCACCGCUAUGGAAAAUCUGUUUCCAGACCACAUUGCGCUUGAUUGUCAUCGUCAAUUUCAUUCCCGUUUCACGUCAUAGAUCUGGUGCAACCAUGCUGCGUCUAGAUCCUUCGGGUCUUAGACAUAAGGCAUUGCUACAAACUUCGCCGAUGCCACGGAUAGAAGACACAAGUAGCGAACAAGCCAUCUCGCCAUCGUGGAGUCCUGUUGACGUCGUUAUUCAUGCUGAUUCAGUUUCCCAGUCGACCAAUUUGGUGACACCGCAAUCUCGUGGAUUCUGGUCCUUGCCGGGAUCGAUCGUGGCCGACCUUCUUAGACACGAUGUCUUCCUCGACCAUGCGUACUGCUGUCGCGCUCGUACUCCCGCCAGCUCUUUGGCUAGAUUUGGCCAGCAGCUUGCUGUCACUGGACCUAUCGGCCGUACUUAUGCAAUAUGCCGCCUGCUCUCACAAGAUAUGUAUCACCGUUUUUUAUUAUGUAGGACGUUCGGCGGCCUGCUAUGAUUGACCGGUACCAUGGCAGAUAUCUCUGACUCUGAUUCUUCUGGAUUCCCUAACUGAUUUGGUGAUAACAUGACUGGGUGUUUGGUCACGGUCAUAUGUGGGACCAUCAAGCAAGGUCAUUGCCCUGUACAUAGAGCGCUAUGACAGAUGGAGAAGGUUUUCUGUCAUUGGAUCAUGAAUAUCCAAAGAUCGCGGCGAACUUGGUUCGAUAGAAGUCUCUGGUCCGACACAAGGUUUAUACCAUAUGUCGCGCUAUCAACUUUGUUUUAUUUUCUGCCGGCUUCCCGCUGCCACCUAUCCCUUAUUCUCGAGCAUAAUCACACGACCGUGGUAAUGAAUGUGACCAACACACGGGUACUAUCCCUUGGUGAAGCUCU